AUGAGUGAGGCAAUUAAGAUCAAGGCAUACUUAACAAAGUAUUUCAUAUCAUCACUCUUGGGUGAUCCUCCAAAGUCGAUGUGUUCUUUGGCGAAGGAACAAAGAGCUUCCUCGCUGGUUAUCAGGAAAUCUCUUCUUUCAGCGUACUAUUCAAAGAACCUUGCAAUUUCUCAAGAAGACGGCUCUUACAUUCCUUACAGACCCCACGAUUUGCAAGCAAGCAAUGACAGCCCUUUGUUUAUCCAUCCAGAGAGUGUCCUGUUUCAUCGGGGACCCAAGAUGAUCUGUUUUCACGAGAUCGUCGAAACAACAAAGCCCUUUAUGCGUGGAGUUUGUGUGGUCGAACCAGAGUGGCUUCCUGCGGUCGCUCCUCACCGGUUUACUGAGCUAUAA